AGUGCAUUCAGUUAGAGUUCAGCUGAUCUCGUCGUGUGCUGAGACAUCAAGCCGUUAGAACGCAUACACAAGCAAAAGAUUUCACGACAUGAUGUUGUUAAUACCUUUACUGCUUCUGGGGGCACUGUGCACGUGCUUCGCCGAAGCGAAAAAAAUCGAAUGUGGAACCAUAGGCAAGGGAAUUGGAAGAAUUGUGGGUGGAAAGAGCGUUACUACAAAAGGCGCAUGGCCGUGGCAGAUAUCGAUAAAAUCUAGACGUGGUUUUCGUCAUUUUUGUGGUGGUAGCAUCAUCAAGCCUAAUUGGAUAGUCACUGCUGCUCAUUGUUUCCAUCCAAAUCCCAAUCCUUCGCAUUACAAAGUCACUGCCGGUCAACUUAACUUCCGAAAAAAGGAACGUGACGUGCAAACAUUGGACAUCGAGAAAAUCAUCAGGCAUCCAAACUUCAACCAAAAAAAAAGCCCUAAAUUUGAUUAUGACAUCGCACUACUGAAGCUGAAAAAUAAAAUCACAUACAAUGACAAGGUUCGACCUAUUUGCCUUCCAAGGAAACGUUUUCCGGAUGGAGAAAAUUGUUAUGCUACUGGUUGGGGACGCCUUAAGGAGAAGAAGAAAAACGAAAGUCCGAAGACACCCAAUAUUCUUCAGCAGCUCAAAAUUCCCCUGGUCUCUGAUAAAACGUGUCGAAGAAGAUUCAGGUUGAUGAGCUCGCGUAUGAUCUGUGGCGGGUAUAGGGAAAAGGGUAAAGGCGUAUGUCAGGGUGAUAGUGGUGGACCACUGGCCUGUAAAAACAAAUCUGGUAUUUGGGACCUGGCUGGAGUUGUGAGCUUUGGAUGGGGGUGUGCUCGCAAGGAUACAUAUGACUUUUAUACCAACAUGGUUAAACUCAAGGGAUGGGUCGAAAGACAAAUCAACAGAAACUAUUUGGUACAAGUUCCCUUGAUUUCAAUGAAAGAUUGCAAAGAGGCCUACAACAAAAAGAAUAUACAUAACAUUCUUCUGCCCAUUACAUCACGCAUGCUUUGUGCUGGCUCUCUCAAAGGAGGUAAAAACACAUGCCAUGGCGAUAGCGGUGGACCAUUGUCCUGUAAGACCGAAUCUGGUAUCUGGGAGCUUGUUGGUGCUGUGAGCUGGGCGCAGGGCUGCGCGCGCAAAGGGAUACCUACCGUGUAUGCGGACAUGGAAAACCUCAAAGACUGGGUUCAAACCACUAUUCAAUAAUACUAGUACGCAUGCUUCCACAUGAAUAAAUGAAUGAACUUUUGAAUUGUUUGCCUUUGCUUAAAUUCGAAUUAGUUCCAAUGUGAAAAUAAGAGCUUAAUUAAAAUCUAUUAAAAUACGGAAU